AUGCUUGAUGGCGGAUUGGGCAAGUUGCACAAGAGGAUGAAGCGCUUUGGUGAUACGACCUUACAUUUGACAGUGACGAGGGAGGAUAUGCAAUCACUCAAGAAUGACUGGCUCACAGAUAAUAUCAUAUCCUUCUGGGAGGAAUACUUGGAACGCGAGUUCCUCGUCAAUUAUAAAUCAUCCAAUAUUGUUCUUCUGCGGCCCAGCAUGUCGUUCAUGAUCUUGCAGACGCCCAAUCCGCACACACUCCGCGAGGCCUUACCCGACUUCACGCGGACAACGCAUGUCUUCCUCCCUAUUAAUGACUGUCGCAAUGUUACUGAAGCCGAAGGCGGGACUCACUGGUCGUUGCUUCUCAUAUCCAUUGUUGAUGGGAUAGCAUUCCAUUACGAUUCACUUCCUCCUGGAAACGUCCGGGAAGCCGGGACGGUGACCAUGAAAUUUGGCGCUUUACUCAACCGACCCAUUCGAUUCAUUCAUCUACAAGACUCACCGGUACAAGAGAACGGUAGCGACUGCGGUGUAUUUGUGUGUCUGAGUAUGCGACAUUUGCUGCUGAAAAGGCUGUUGACUGCGAACGCCAGCGAGAAAGUUAGCAUGAGUCUCGGCGGAAUGAAAGUAGAUGCCCGCGGAGGGAGAAAAGAGAUGACCAAGAUUAUUGAUGGCUUCCGAAAGGAAGGUGAACGACGCAGGUCGUAUGUCGCUGAACAAGUGCAUCGACGUGAUUAUGCUAACCUUUCAUUGAACAGAGCUAGUCUCAGCCCGCUAGGGAAGAAGUCAGCAAGCCCUGGUCCUCCACGAAUUGAAUGA